CGAAAGUAGAUAUUGUGGGCGUGGAAUACCGUACGACGUUCGAUUCUUGAUGCACUUGUGACGACGAAGAUAGCUUUACAUGGAUAUAAUUAGAUUGAACAAGGACACCUACAGAGCUGACUUUAUUCAUAAAAGCCCGAAGCCGAUGAAUCAUGAUAACAAGUCAUAGUAGACGUUCGCGAAUUGUUUAACCUCCCCUCAUUAUGCAGAAGUACCGAGUGAGCGAAACUUAUCAAUAAUCAACUUUUUUUUUCAAUAAGUUCACGAAUUUUGGCUUCAAACGGUGCAUCGCUUUGGACUAACUGUGUUUUUGUCGUGACUAUUUUUAUAAAAAUUCAAAGAAAAUGACUGAAGUUUACAAUUUGGGUCUGGAUGCUACUACAUGUCAUGUCUGGAAUGAAGACAGAACUGGAAUUGCACUUUGUCCCAAUAAUAAUGAGCUUCAUGUUUAUAAACAAGAAGCAUCAAACUGGAAACUUUCUGAAAUACUUCAAAUUCAUGAUCAACGAAUAAUGGGCAUUGAUUGGGCACCAAAAACUAAUCGUAUAGUUACUUGUGCUGCUGAUAAAAAUGCCUAUGUUUGGACACAGAACGAAGAAGGCAAGUGGACUCCUUCAUGGGUUUUACUUAGAACUAAUAGAGCUGCUACUUGUGUCAAAUGGUCUCCAAAAGAAGAUAAACUAGCUGUUGGUUCAGGAGCUGGAAUUAUCUCUAUUUGUUAUUUUGCAUCAGAAAAUAAUUGGUGGGUGUCUAAACAUAUUAAAAAACCACUGAGAUCCACAGUAACUGCUGUUGAUUGGCAUCCAGACAACAAAAUCCUUGCUGCUGGUUCAGCAGAUUAUAAGGUGCGAGUUUUUAGUGCAUAUAUUAGAGACGUUGACCGUAGCAAUAGUGAAAAUUCAUGGGGAAGUAGUACUACUUUGGGAAACUUGUUUGGUGAAUUUCCUAAUUCUCAAAAUGGAGGCGGAUGGGUACAUGAUGUGGCUUUCAGUCCUUGUGGCACAAAAGUAUGUUGGGUUGGACAUAGUUCAUCAAUUUGUGUUGCUGACUCUCUUAAGAAAAAUAAUAUUGUAAGAGUUUUAACUGAAUAUUUACCUUUCUUGAGAUGCAUUUGGCUAGAUAACAGUCAUAUUAUCGCUGCUGGUCAUGACUGCAUGCCAAUGGUCUACAAACUUGAUAAUGCAGGAAAAUUAAGUUUUGCCACCAAAUUAGACAAUACUCAAAAGAAAGAAGCUGCUGGUCUCACAGCUAUGAGAAAGUUCCAAUCUCUUGACAGGCAAGCUAGGACAGAAAUUCAUGAUAGCGCUCUUGAUAGCAUACACCAAAACACAAUCACUUGUAUUAGGAAACUGUCAAAUUCAAGAUUUAGUACGAGCAGUCUUGAUGGAUUACUUGUUGUUUGGGAUAUCAAGGCACCCGAGCUCAUGAUGAACUCGCUGAGGAUCAAUUGAUUCAUCGAUUAACUUCCGCAGAAUUCCCUUUAGUAGCUCUAUUUAAAUAAUAAUUUAUAACGAGGAUUGCAUUUAUAUAUUAAAUGAUAAACAGAAGGUAUUGUUUAUAUUUUUGAAAUUUUGUUAAACUUUACUGUGAAAAUAUAAUGUUCUUAUUCUUAUUGUCCAACAACAAUAAUAAUAACAGUAUUUAAGUAAUGUAAUAUAUUAUUUUACUAUUGUUAAUACGCAGUGUUCUUAAACUUUGUAUUAAUCUUUUGUAUAAAGAGUAUCAACUCUCCCUAAUAGAAUAAAUUAAUAAAAAAAAUUAUAAUAAA